CUCAGCUGAGCUGACCACUGAUUGUUCCCAUAAGCAGCUAAAUAUAUCAGUGCGUCCCGGUAAGGAAAGAGUGGAAAUGACGGCAGAAGAAGCGGCGGGUCCGCCCGGACCUAAAGUCCUCCGCCUCCUCAUCUUCUUCGGCGCUGGAUUUCUCUUUACAAUCGGAAUCAAUAAAUGGCGAGAGAUAGAGCGGAAACAGGCCCAGCAACAGCAAGGAGUUUAUCAGAAACCGGAAAUUUUAAGCUCUAACACUGCUGCUAAUAAAUCCACCAAAUACUCUCCCAGGUUUUUUAUUUUGACAAAAGGAAAGGAGAAAUUUCUGUAGCAAAUAACGAUGAUAAUGUUGUUCACUUCAUUACUUUAGUUUUGGAUUUUCCCCCCUUAUUCUAAUGAUAUUAUUUUUAUAUUAAAUUGAAUUUUGCGUGCAAUACUGAGGGUUGGGAUUGAUGUUAGUGGGGUGCACCUGGGCUAUGAUGUUGGGAUAGUGUGAUUUUACUGAGGGUUAUGCGUUUCUGUAAGCUUUGCAGCUCAAGGCAGACUGUUUUUGGCUGUUUUUUAGGAGUGUUUACGGGGUAGUCUCUUGUUUGUUGAAGAUCGAUGAAGCCUUGGUGUCUUGUAGUGUUUAUCAGGUCGAGUGUUACUGGUUCCUGCUGCUGUUCGGUCACCACCAUUGAUGCUGUUCUGUUUUGUAAUUCAGUUUGGUUGUCCUUUCUGUUCUUAUUUCUUUAAGCUGAUUGGAUUGUAUGUGUGUUUGGGUGAGUCUUCUUGUGGUUCAUUGUAU